AUGUUCCUGAUGGUGACGCCGUCCAUCGUCUCGGGGUUGGGUGUAUUACCAUGUCUGCGCCCGCGAAAGGAUGCAGAAGACGAAGCUCAUGACGAUAAACCGAGUGACGCUUCACCACAAGAGAACAAUACACCUGCAGAGACCGAACGUCCUCAUGACGGUGAAUCAGUGAACUCUCCCGAUCCUGAAUCUCAGCCUGAACCCGAGCUUGAGCCAGAACAACCUAAACGACGCAACCGUCGCACACGUCGACCCCAGCGCGAUCCCGAAGAGCAAUCCGAAACACUGUCCGAAAGUCCUGCACAAUUUGGCACCUCGAACAACCGCGAACGGCGACGUCGUCCCCGCCGACGUGACGAGCAGCGCAUAGUGCCCUUCGGAGCAGACGGCGUAGGGAGGGAAGUCGGGCGGAGAGAGGAUACCAGCGGUCCUCUGGGUAAUAUCAGCAAUGCCAAUGGCAUGAUGAUGGGGCAAGAUCAACAAAAUCAAGCUCAGCCAGAGAAGCAGAAGAAAGGGUCAAAGGAUAAUACGUUAUCGUUACGGCUAGACUUGAACUUGGAGAUCGAGGUGCAAUUGAAGGCGAGGAUCCAUGGUGACUUGACGCUGUCUUUACUGAAUUAG